AAAAAGCGGAUCCGCCAUAUCUCUCCAACCCAAAAUAAUCGCUCGCCGGAAGUAUUUUCCGACGGUUGCCGGAAUCCGUGGAUCUAAAACUUGUAAUGGAUGCAAAAAGAGCUUACAACGAUCAUCGAUGGACGAACGAGAGGCACCUUCAUUUCCUGAAAUCUCUAGAGGCUUCGUUCGUUCGAACAAUGCUGGAGAACAGCGACGAUCGCGUUUUUCUUCCGAUGGAUCGGUACGUGCCGGAUAGUUGCGAAUCGACGUUAGACUCGAAGCGGAUGACGACGGCGACAACUGCUACGAAGAGAAGAAAAAGGAAUUUUCCGGCAGAUUAUUUGGACCCAAACAUAAGCAUUGAACCAAGAAUCACAAAAUUUCGCCUCCACCCAUCCACUUUGCCACAAGAAGAUCAGAUAGUUCCACAGAUCAAACGCAUAAAAACCGAAGACGAUGACAACAUAUGGACAAAUUUGCCAUGAACAUCUUCCAAGAAAAAAAAAACAUUUGUUGAAAAUAUGUUUUAGCUAACAAGUAGGAAGGUUUUGAUUGAUGUUAGGGAAAUGAUUAAUUCAU